CCAUGCUCACCGGUCUUCCUCCUCACCGCCAUAUUAUAUUUAGUGCAGCCCUACUGCUACUUCUUCUACUACUACACUACAGUACUAAGCUAGUACACCCUUCCCUUCUUUCUCUCUCAUCUCUCCUCCUUUCCUUGCUUGUGGCCAUCUCUCUCUCUGCCAGACCAGCUUUGUACUGCUGCCACUCCCAAUCCUUCCUUCUUCUCCAACCUCCCCUCCUCCUAUUCCUCCCUUUUCUUUUCCCCUUUUCCUCACCUCCCUCUUUCCAGUUUGUGCUGUCUGCUGCGCCUGUGCACGCCUAGCUAGCUAGCUCCUCCAUCUUUCUCACAUCUCCACUCACCUUCGUGCACGCUCAUCGCAGUUUCAUCCAUCUUCUCUACCUCAAUUCUACUGUAACAGCCUAGAGGGAAAGCCAGGAGGCGCCGGGAAGGCGCAAGAUUCUGCCUUUCACGCACAAAUCCGACGCGCCGGCCAGCAUGCAGCAGCAGCAGCAGCCGGGCAUGCCUCCAUUCUCGCCUGCCGGCGGGACGGUGGUCGGCCAACACUACGCCUCGCCCGCGGCUCCGUUGCCCAUCAGCAGCCGGCCGCCGGAAGGACAGCAGGUGGACGGGAUCGGCGCUGGCAGCUCGGCUGCUGCAGGCAGCUUCGACCACGAGGGGCUGUCCGCGGCUGGCGAUGAGGGCGAGCGGGGCGUGCCGGCGGGUAACCGGUGGCCGAGGCAGGAGACGCUGGCGCUGCUCAAGAUCCGGUCGGAGAUGGACGCCGCGUUCCGGGAGGCCGCCCUCAAGGGUCCCCUCUGGGAACAAGUCUCCAGGAGGCUCGAGGCGAUGGGGUACAAGCGCAGCGCCAAGAAGUGCCGCGAGAAGUUCGAGAACGUCGACAAAUACUACAAGCGCACCAAGGACGGCCGCGCCGGCCGGGGCGACGGUAAGGCCUACCGCUUCUUCUCCGAGCUCGAGGCCCUCCACAGCGCUUCCUCGCCGCACCCACCGGCGUCUCUAGCGCCGACACCGGUGUCCAUGGCGACGCCUGCCAAGCCGGUCAGCCCUCUGCGCGCGCUCGGCAUGGCGCCGGCCAUGCAUGCCGAACCGCCGCAGCCGCCUGUUGCCACCGUGACGCAGCCUGCGCCCAGUGGCCCCCCCGCGCCUGCGGCGACGACUACGGCUGCCGCCACCGACGCCGCAUGCAUGCUGACGGCGGGUGACGUCAGCUUCUCCUCGGACUCUGACGGGGAGAACACGGAGGAGACAGGAGUCGGCGGGAAGCGGAAACGGCGGGAUGGGGACGGCGGCGGCGGCGGCAGCAAGGUGAUACGGUUCUUCGAGGGGCUGAUGCGUCAGGUGAUGGAGCGGCAGGAGGAGAUGCAGCAACGGUUCAUCGAGGCCAUCGAGAGGCGGGAGCAGGACCGGAUGAUCCGCGAGGAGGCGUGGCGGCGGCAGGAGGUGGCGCGCCUCGCCCAAGAGCAGGACGCGCUCGCCCAAGAACGCGCCAUGGCAGCCUCCCGCGACGCAGCCGUCGUCUCGUUCAUACAACGGGUCACUGGACAGGCCAUCCCGCUUCCUUCCGCCGCCACGCCACCGGCCAAGACCAGCGCACUGACACCGCCGCCAUUGCAGCCCACGCAUGUUGCUUCCGCUGCACCGGCGCCAGCGCCGGUGCAGCACCAUCAACCGCCAUCAAUUCAACUGGCUCCAAAGCCGCACAUAAUGCAGAUGACAUCACAACCCCAACGGCAACCACAGCCGGCGCCGGCGCAGCCACAGAGCAAGGAGAUCAUCGUCCGGGCACCGGCGGAGUCGCAGGACACGUUGGGGUCCGGAGGCGGUGCGCUGUCGCCGUCCAGAUGGCCUAAAGCAGAGGUGCACGCGCUGAUCCAGCUGCGCACGGAGCUGGAGGCGCGCUACCAUGACGCGGGGCCCAAGGGCCCGCUGUGGGAGGACAUCUCGGCGGGGAUGCGGCGGCUGGGGUACAGCCGGAGCGCGAAGCGGUGCAAGGAGAAGUGGGAGAACAUCAACAAGUACUUCAGGAAGGUGAAGGAGAGCAACAAGAAGCGCCCCGAGGACUCCAAGACCUGCCCCUACUACCACCAGCUCGACGCGCUCUACCGCAGCAAGGCGCUCGCCUCGUCCGGCGUGGGCGUCGUCGGUGCAGCUCCGCCUCCGCGCCCGGAGGCUGUCACCGUGCUGGCCGCGGUGCCACUGUCCCAGACUGCACCGCGCGCCGAGCACGGGGGCAUGGACUGCGGCAACGGCAACGGCAACGGGUGCGCGAGUAGGGGCUGUUCAGACAAUAAUGGGUGCAACUCCGGGGGCAUGCAAACGCAGGGUAGCAAUGGUGGAGUCGUGGCCAGGUUCUCCCUCGAAGGCACCGGCGGCAACGGCAUUGCGACGAACAAGCAACAAGGCAUCAUCGCGAAGGAGACGAUGGCGGAGCAGAGGCAGCAGCCGGUGUCGAUGAACGACAGCUACGUCAACGACAGAAUGGACGCCGUGGACAGCGACAGCAUGGACGACGACGAUGACUUUGACGACGACGACGACGACGACGACGGAGGUGACGUUGGCGGCGGCAAUAAGAUGCAGUACGAGAUCCAGUUCCAGCGGCAGCAGCAGAACCAGAGCAGCAUCGUCCGGCCGAACGCGAGCGGCGGCGCCGGUUCCGGCCCUGGCCCCGGUCCGGCAGCAACUACAAGUGGGUCGUUCUUGGCCAUGGUCCAUCACUAGCUGCAUGCGUACCAUAGCGUACAAACUUGCUGUGUCCUUGCACAGGUAAAACUGGACAGUGGACAUGAAAGUUUUACUCGUCUUGCUCUUGCACAACAUCAUCAAGUACCAACCAUUCCGUUCAUCAUUUCUUCUGGAUCGUGCACAUACAUAGAUGUAUUUCUUCUGGAUCGACUUAUACACCAUAAAAAUGUGAGAUUCACCGUACAUAUAUAGAUGUAUUUGAAGAAGCUAAGGUGUACUCUCGCGUACAUACUGUAUGUUACUGUUAUACUACAGUUGUAUGGUACAAAGACAUCUAGAGCGGAGGGAAACAUGUGCUCAUGCGGGAAUUUUCUUUAUUUUUUCAGCAUACUUUUGGGCCUUUUUUCUUUUAUAUAAGAGUUACAGAACUGUCCAUUAUGUAAUUUAAAUGCGUUAUUAUAUAUACUGUGGCUCUAUUGAUGACUGUA